AUGCGGGCGUUCUCUUUCUUACCUUUAUGGCUGCUAGUGCACGGUGUGGCUGGCGCCAGCUCCCCGUGCAAAUGUGCUCCCUCGGACCACUGCUGGCCUUCUAGCAAUGAUUGGUCAUAUCUGAACGAGACCGUCUCGGGCCGCUUGAUCAAGACAAUCCCACCCGGCUCCGCCUGCUAUCAAGACGAGCCGAAUUACGACAAGUCGGCUUGUGAUGCCUUGCUCAAGAAUUGGACAGACUCGCGUUAUCACUCGUCAAACCCGGUUACAGUGUCCGAUCCCCUGUGGUCGAACAGCACUUGCACUCCCAUCUACCCGAAUGGCACUAGCAUCUCCGGCGAUCCUGAUGCUGGUGUUAAGGGAUGCUCGCUGGGAUACCUAUCUCCGUAUGUUGUGAAUGCAACUACCGCGCAGCAUGUGCAGGCAGCUUUGGGUUUUGCAAAGAAGCACAAUAUCAGGCUCAACAUUAAGAAUACUGGACAUAACCCUGAGAAGAGUUCGGCUUAUGGAAGUCUAUCGAUCUGGACCCACAACAUGAAGAACAUCAGAAUCCAUCCCUCAUUUACGCCAGCCAAAUGUGAUUCUGCGGAGAGCCACGAUGCUGCAACUCUCGGCGCAGGAGUCCAGGACGGGGAGAUCAUCCAGUAUCUUGCAAAGCAUAACAUGACGACUGUCAUAGGAUCCAGUCUGGAUGUCGGCGUUACCGGCUGGGCAACUGGAGGUGGUCACGGUAUCAUAACUGGCGCCUACGGCAUGGGCGCUGAUAAUGUCAUCGAGGCUCGGAUUGUCACUCCGGGAGGUGUCAUUGUCACAGCCAACGAAUGUGAGAACAGCGACCUCUUCUGGGCUAUCCGAGGCGGCGGCGCUGGCUUCGGCGUUAUUCUCAGUCUCACCGUCAAGAUCUACCCCAUGCCGUCCCUAUCGGUAGCCUCGGUGAGCAUCAGUGCUCGCAAUGGCACAUCAUCUACGACUUUCUGGAAGAUUAUUGCCAAUCUCCACAAGGAUUUUGUCAAGCUCCAGGAUGCAGGUGUGAUGGGCUAUUACACCGCCAGUGGACCGCCUUACAGCUUCCAAUAUACCAUGUUCCAGCUGGAUUCGACGAACACAAGCUCUAUCGACCAGUUGAUUACCCCACUCAAGAAGCACCUGGGAACAUACAACCCCAGUGUCGAGUCUUCGUCGUUCACCUCGUGGAUGCCUUCGUGGUACUCUAUCGAGAAACUGUAUCCGACAGGUGGCAACGCUGACACAGAGAUGCUGGCAAAAACGCUUGAGAUUGUUGCGUCGCGAAGCAAAGACUCUCCAGAUGGAGUCUCGAAUCCUUCGCUCUCGGGCACGAUGACUAUCAGCCACCGACCCGUGGACAAUGCCCUCAACCCGGCAUGGAGGGAUGCCGCCGUGCAUUUGAUCAGCAGUGUCUCAUGGGAUGACACCCUUCCCGAUGGUGAAGCCGAGAAGGCCAUUGCCAGCGUGACGAAUGGCACGGGAUAUGCACUGAGACAGCUGGCGCCUGAUUCCGGUGUUUACUACAAUGAGGCCAACUCCUGGGAGCCCGACUGGCAGUGGGCCUUCUGGGGCCCCAACUAUGCCCGAGCGCUGUCUGUCAAGCAGAAGUACGACCCGGACAGCCUGCUGUGGUGUCACCAUUGCGUGGGCAGUGAGUCAUUUGAGCAGCAGAAGAAUGGUUCUCUCUGUGCUGCGUUCUAA